AUGAGCGUGCUUUCUGGCAAAGAAUCUGACCGAAUUCCUUCAAAAUCUAAUACAGAAAACCCCAAGAUCCCUUCAGACCAGCAAUCUUUUUCAUCCUGAGAAAAAAUCUCGCAAUCAGACCCUGCAGGUUCUGACCAAAUCAGAGCUCUCCAAGAAGAAAUAAAGAAGAAACGCAAAGAAACUCUAGAUGCCAGAAGACGCCAUGUUCUCGCUAGCAUUCAAAUAGAAAACGAAAAGCUCAAAGCUGGACUCUUAGAAAAAGAGCUCGAAAAACUCCGAUUAGAAGUUAGGAAAAAGGAAAAGGAAAAAGAGCAGCAAGCCAGCUUACAAGAAAUAGAAGCAUUGGAAAAAGUAUUGGAAAGCAAAACAAAUGAAACCAAAAGCCUAAGGGCAAGACUAGAAGAAGUUUCAAAAGAAAAGAAAAAAUUCAAUGAAAGCAUAAAGGAAAUGUGGGAAGAAUAUCAAAAACUUAAGAAAAAUAGUGAAUCUGCAAGAGUUAGCUUAGAACAACAGCGAGGGAGUUUGUUGGAAAAAUUAAAUGUAAGAGAAGUUAAUUCUGUUGAUAGCCUUACACCUUUGCUGCAACAAAAGGAAAUAUUAAUGAGCGAUAUUGCGAGUGUGAGACAAGAAGUUGACAAUUUUUACCAGCUGAUACAUGAGAAAAACGAAAUAAUCCAGUCUUUGAAAACACAAAUUGAAGAAACUAUAUUAGACAAUGAGGCAAUUUCUGAAGUUAUCACUUUGUCACAUAAUCAAGCUGUGCCAGCUGACCCUCCUGCAGACCACUUUAUGCCAAUAAUUGAAGUGUACCCCCAGAGUAGCAACCAAAGGCAGCUAUUAUCUGACAUAGGAAGCACAGAAAGCAUCAAUGCAAAAGUCCAAGAAGAAUCCAAAGAAAGCCAUUAUGCAUCUCCAGAUCCUUUUGAAAAUUUACUUCAUCUCAGCACUGGAGAAACAGUCCAAGAAAUACAAAGAUAUGAACAAGGAGCUGCGACACCUCCUGAAAUCCAAUGGGAAAUGGAUGGAGCUGCUACAGAUAGAAUAAAUAAUUAUGAUGAAUUAGAAGAAGUUAAAGAGCCAGUAACACCAAAAAACAGAGGCCUAGGAAAAAGCUCAUCAGAAAGCAGCACACCUAAAGGACAAGAAAGCUCAUUGAGAGCUCAGUUUGGGAGCUACGAGCACGAAGAAGAGUCAAUUGAGCAAGCUUUUCAGGGCCAAAGGGGAAGUGGAAACAGAAAAUUUGAAUCUGUCCCUAAGUCCCUUUUUGAUUAA